AUGGCUGACUCAAGCUUGAGGAUUGAUGAGGUAUCAUGCUCAUAUGUUUACCUCCCAUCACAACACACUGGCCAAAAACAGCAACAGAACUCAGGCAAAUUGCUAGGCUAUUUACGAAAAAAUCACGUAGCAUUUCUGCUCACUGUCACUGCCAGAGGUAAUGAAGUGAUAUCUGAAACCGCUAAUGCUGUAAGGAUGCUGCUGUUUGUUCUGCUCGCCCUCGGUCACGCCACCCAGGGUUUACCUAAUGUUGAUGACGUCACCAUUCCACCUUGGGUGACCACUACAACUGAGGCAUCUAGAUCAUUGGGACCUGUAGACUUGGACGUACGACUACCUCGAUCCAUUAAGCCGCUCCAUUAUGUGGUCAAACUUCAACCCUUCAUCAAUGGCAACUUCAGCAUCGUCGGCUACAUGGAGGUGGAGAUGGAGGUUCUGGAACCCACUUCCAACAUCACUCUAUCGGAUAUCAUCAUAUAA